GUUCUUCGCCUGCGCUGCGUUGUGCCUGCACGUCCGAUGCGAUACAGAUACAGAUACAGAUGCAGAUACACACGCACACACACAGCUAUACUUGAUACAGCCACAACUUGUUUAAGCAAAUAUUAUUAGAACAAAUAAUAAACGCGCCGCCGCAGCAGCAGCAGCAGCAAAAAAAAAAAGAAAAGAAAACCUCUGUGAAGUGCGCCAAACAAAACAAGAAAAAAGCAAAGAAAAAGUAUCUGUAAGAUACUUCCGAAAGUUGUUGUGCCCGACAAAACAGCAAGUGGCGGCUCCGUCCGCAAAAUUGAACUGAAUUAACUUUAACAUUAACUAUAAUCCCCGAUAUACGAUAUAAUGCACACGCUGUUCAGUGAUCAGAACUCGUUCUCCCGCCAUUAUGCCCAGACGGCCGCCGGCUACACAUCCGCCUCGGCGGUGGCAGCGGCCAGCAGCGCCUCGGCGGCGGCGGCGGCACAUUAUGCCUACGAUCAGUAUUCGCGUUAUCCGUACUCGGCCAGCGCCUACGGCUUGGGUGCACCGCAUCAGAACAAGGAGAUUGUGAAGCCGCCGUACUCGUAUAUCGCACUGAUUGCGAUGGCCAUACAGAAUGCCUCCGACAAGAAGGUGACACUGAAUGGCAUCUAUCAGUACAUUAUGGAGAGAUUUCCGUAUUAUCGGGACAACAAGCAGGGCUGGCAGAACUCGAUACGGCACAAUCUCAGCCUGAACGAGUGCUUCGUGAAGGUGGCGCGCGAUGAUAAGAAGCCGGGCAAGGGCUCCUAUUGGACGCUGGAUCCGGACUCGUACAACAUGUUCGACAAUGGCUCGUUUCUGCGGCGACGUCGUCGCUUCAAGAAGAAGGACGUGAUGCGGGAGAAGGAGGAGGCCAUCAAGCGACAGGCUAUGAUGAACGAAAAACUGGCCGAGAUGAAGCCGCUGAAGCUGAUGACCAAUGGGAUACUGGAUGCCAAGCACAUGGCCGCGCAUGCGGCGCACUUCAAGAAGGAGCCACUGAUGGACUUGGGCUGCCUCAGCGGCAAGGAUGUGUCGCAUGCGGCCAUGCUCAACUCCUGCCACGACAGCCUGGCGCAAAUGAACCACUUGACGGGCGGCGUGGAGCAUGCCGGCUUCACCGUCGACUCCCUGAUGAACGUCUACAAUCCGCGCAUCCAUCACAGCGCCUAUCCGUAUCAUUUGAACGAUGACAAUCUGACGGUGGCCAGCAGUCAGAUGCAUCAUGCCCAUCAUGCCGCCGCUGCCCAUCAUGCCCAGCAGCUGCGUCACGUUGCCCACGUUUCGCAUCCCCUCACCCCCGGCAAUGGCAGCGGUGUCCAAUCCUCGGGCGCCUCACCCACCACGAUCUCAACGCCGCAUGGACCGGCGCACGGUGGCUGGUAUACGCCGGAGACGCCGCCAUCGGAGCCCAUCACGAAUGGUGCUGGCCAAGGCGGCACGCCCACACAUCCCAGCAACAACAACAACAACAACAAUAACAACAACAGCAUGCACAACAACAACAACAACAACAACAAUAAUAAUAACAACAACCAUCCGGCUAUCUCCGCCUCGGUGCUGACCAGCAGCCCCAGCUCGGCGCUGGGCUUCCGCGACAUGAUCUUCGAGCAGAACCAAUCCUGCCAGCUGGACACGGGCAGCCCGACGGGCAGCAUACAAUCGGCCAGUCCGCCGGCCUCGGCCAGCGUCGCAGCUGCCUCCGCUGCCGCCGCCGCGGCCGUCAUCAAUAGCCAUCAUCAUCAUCAUCAUCAUGUGCCGCACCUGAGCGGGAAUCUGGGCAAUCUCGGCCAGCUGAGCAAUCUGAGUCAUUAUCGGCCGCAUGUGGGUCACUAUCAGGAGUAUGGCAUCAAGUAUGGCGUCUAAGGCGGCCCUGUGCCCAGGGGGCGUGCCAGCUGUGCUCUCUUGUAUAUUCCUGUAAAUAUAUUUCCAAGCACGACUCACAGCAGCAGCAGCAGCAGCAGAAAGUAUCUCAAUGUCAAUGAAUUUAUUAUUGUUUUUCGAACUGUUUUUUGUAUUUAUGUUUUGUUGCCCGAUUCAGAAGAAGUUCUUUGGCAAAUUGCGUAUACGAAGUGUGGGCCAAGCGAGCGAGUAUUUAGUUGUUAAUUUUAUACAAUCUAAUAGCAUUAAACACUAAUAUUAAUACCUACAAUUAACUACAAUUAACUACUUAUUAAUAAUUGUUAUCAACUUUAGGGCGUAGUUAUGUCUGGUAUGCAAUUUGUGAUGAGUUUUUGCAAAAGAUGCGAACAAUUUUCAUUUCCCCGUAGCGACGUUUUUUUCAUAUACGAAAAUGAGAAAAUGAGAAUUACAUUUAAUGAAGGAAAAUCCUAUUUAACAUCAUAUUAUAUGAUAGUGAAUCGCUUAGUAAUAUUACAAUUAACUAGCCUAGCCUACGUAAGCAAUAAUAAAUUAUAAAUAAUUAUAAAAAAAACACA